UUCCCUUCAGCUCACAGGUCCACCCCCCUGGGGACACGCUCAGGCGGUGCUCCUGUCCCGCUCUCCCGCCCUCUGCCUUUCAUUCCAGACGCCAAGAUCUUGGAAGCUUUGAAGGCCCAGCAAAGAAGGGAACUCCACUGAGAACAGUCUGUAAAGGGCAAUGCUUGGCUUAAUGGAGGCUGCUAGGACAUGAUUUCAAGGAGUGCAUUUUUUCCUCCCCAGAUAGUUUGUAUUCCUUCACAAGCCUAAGUUAGGUGUCCUGGGACAACCUGCUCUGUCAUCCCUUCUGCAAAACACUCUCCUCCAUCUUGCACUGAGGACCCGAAGGAGGCAGCACAGUCUGCAAGAUUUCACUGUGAGACCAUGUCAUUUAGAUUUGGCCAACAUCUUAUCAAGCCCUCUGUGGUAUUUCUCAAAACUGAACUGUCCUUCGCCUUGGUGAAUAGGAAGCCCGUUGUACCUGGCCACGUCCUCGUGUGCCCGCUGAGGCCAGUGGAGCGCUUCCGUGACCUCCGUCCUGAGGAAGUGGCUGAUUUAUUCCAGGUGACCCAGAGAGUUGGGACAGUGGUGGAGAAGCAUUUCCAGGGGACCUCCAUCACCUUCUCCAUUCAGGAUGGUCCUGAAGCUGGACAGACUGUGAAGCAUGUACAUGUCCACAUUCUUCCCAGGAAGGCAGGGGACUUCCGCAGGAAUGACAGUAUCUACGAUGAGCUCCAGAAACAUGACAAAGAGAAAGAGGACGCCCCAGCCUUUUGGAGAUCGGAGGAGGAGAUGGCUGCAGAGGCGGAAGCUCUGCGUGUCUACUUUCAGGCAGGAAAGUAACUCAAACAAAUCCCAAGGCAUAAGGAAAUGGGCCUCGUUCUUCUGGACUCCGCAGCACUGGAAAUGAAGUUAGCAGCCUUUAUUAUGUCCCCCGAUUCUGCAGCCUUUUGCAAAGCAUUUUAUCGCCCUUGUGGAAGCCAGUGGGGUUAUGCUUCCAUCACAAUGACUGACAGGCUAACUUCACCAACAGUAACAGCGACAGCCUGCCACGGUUUCUCAGUUAUGCCCGUAGAAUAGGACCUUCUCCAAACUGUCCCUUAGCCUAGAUGAAAAUAAAGUGGUAGCUAAAAUAUU